AUGGCCGAAUCGGCCAUUAGUGCCGUGCUUGGCAACGUCAGCACCCUUGCGCUUCAGGAGACCACGCUGCUAUGUGGCGCAAGCAGUGAGGUGGAGUUCCUGAAACAUGAGCUGAACCGGCUGCAAGGCUUCCUUAGAGACGCCGACAAUAAACAGAGGCGGGGAGAUGAAGGUGCUGCUAUCUUGGUCAGCCAGAUCAAGGAUGCGGCGUACGAGGCCGACAAUGUCAUGGAGGCCGCAGAGUACAUGUGCAAGAGAAACAGGCUCAAGAAGGGAUUCAUGGGUGCCAUUGCAAGGUAUGGUUGCCUACCAAGUGAUUUGAGUACCCUUCACAAAGUUGGUGUUGAAAUAAAAAGUAUAAGAAGGAACAUAUCUGAGAUAUUUGAGUAUGCAACCCGUUUGAAAAUAGUUGAUGAUUUGGAUGUUGCAAAUCAUGUUCCAAUGCCAACCAAUGUUCAUCCUUUGAAGAAGUUAGAUGAAGAGAAAAGCUGGGAACUUUUCAGUAGCAAAGCUCUACCAUCAUACAAAAGGUCUGCAAUACGAAAUGUGGAUGAGUUUGAAAAACUUGGGAAAAGGCUUGCAAAGAAAUGUGAUGGAUUACCACUUGCACUUGCAGUUUUGGGGGGUUAUCUAUCAAAAAAUCUGAAUGCACAAAUAUGGUCUGAUAUACUCUCUGAUUGGCCAUCAACGAAGAAUGGACAGAUGAUGCGGGACAUACUGGCUCGCAGUUACAAGGACCUGCCAAAUCAUUAUUUAAGAACUUGUUUUCUCUAUCUUGCUGCUUUUCCCGAGGAUUAUGAAAUAAAUGUGGCGUAUCUUAUUGAAUUGUGGAUAGCAGAAAGUUUCAUUCCGCAUACACCAAACCAUACACUAGAAGAAACAGCACAGAGAUAUGUAACCGAGUUGGCUCAGAGAAGCUUGGUCCAAGUUGUUGACAGAAGUAGGGCACAUGGAUGGAUAGAGGGAAUAAGAAUUCAGGAUAUCUUACACGACUGGUGCAUAGAAGAGGCAAGACAAGAUGGUUUUCUUGAUGCCAUGGACAAAACUGCAGUGUCCCUUCCUAAGCUGAGAUUCCUGAGAGUUCUUUGCGUUGAAAAUUCAGCACUAAAAGAUUUCUCCAGCAUGAAUCAACUAACAACCUUCUCCUUGUCGAUGCACCCCAAUAUACCAGCGGAGGUGCUCAACAUAUUUGCAAACAUGCCUCACCUGGUUGAUAUUAGUCUCCACCAAUUUGAUGUGCUCGAUAAGAUGCCUGCUGAGUUCCCACAAAGCGUACGUCGUCUUGUUCUAGUUGCUCAUGUCAUAAAAGAAGACCCGAUGCCGGUCCUGGAGAAGCUUCCCCGUCUGGUGGUGUUGGAGUUAAGUGGGUACAAAGGCCUGACCAUGUGCUGCUCUUCCCAAGGGUUCCCUCGGCUGCAAAAGUUACGGCUUGGUUCGUUUUCCAUUCAGGAGUGGAGGAUGGAGGAAGGGACAAUGCCAAAGCUCUUCCACCUGACACUUUGGGAUUGCGAGAAGAUGGGAAAGCUCCCCGUGGGGUUGCUGCACCUUCCAUCCCUCGGUCGGCUGGAGCUGAUUUAUAUGCCCCAGAUUUCUGAAGACGACAUCACACUAAAGGAGCUGCAGCAGAAAGGAUGCGAGGUGGAAACUAGGGGGUGAUCGCAGAUCUGUGGGACGCCAGGAAUUCAUCUUCAUUCUCGUCUAAAAUCUGGCGCCCUCCUCGCUCCCCACACCACAAUCCUCAAUUGUCCCCUUCCAGAUUCAUUCUCGAACCCAUCUCCCUCCUCGCAAUCCUCAUGAUACCCCACUUUCCUUCUCCUCCCUCCCUUGAAGGACGCCAUAGGCGAUUGACAUGACAGCCUCUCUCCUCCAAUGGCCCCUCGCUCCUCCUGCUUCUCCUUCUAGAAUCUAAAUCCGCUCUCUUGUACAUGGCCGACGGCAUGGCAGGAGGAGCUUCAUCCCCGGUGCCCAGGUCGCUCCACCACACGUCAGGAGACGGUCAUCAAUCGAUAAAUUUGUAUAUGUAAUGAUCAAUUU